AUGAUCGCCAACGGGCCCUCGGGCUGGCUGCUCGGCGACCACACCGGCCACGACCACUUCUGCCUGCGCUCCCUCCUGGCCUUCUUCUCCAAUCGCGUCUUGAAAGGAGGUCCGAGAUUACUGCUGCAUUUGGCCCUCUGUCUGGUCGGCAUAAUUCUCCUCACGAGGCUUCUCCCGGAAAGGGUGUCAGAUGUCACAUUCGGGUCGUCGUACAGCGACCUGGUACGGUGGAAACCAGGCGGCAAGGAGGACGGCCAGCGCCCACCAUCAGAGGAAGAGAUAGGUGGAGGACUGAGGAUAGUGGUGUUUGGAGAAAAUGGUAUCGCCGUGCCAGCACGGUCGGAGAACGGCGGCGGCUCUGAGAGCGCCAAGGGGUGGACCGAGGUGCUUUGUAAAGAGUUGAACUGCACGAGGUAUUUGUCGCUGAUACCUACUCUCAAACCCCCUCAUCGAUCGCUCGUCUCCAACGACGUAUUUGCGGCAGCCGUUGAAGAGGCUAUCCAGGACUCGCAAAGCGCCAACCCGCCAGGACCCGAUUACUCGUUUCUCCACGAUCAGUAUCCCGUGUCCAGCGAUAUUCCCGAUCUCGCAUCCCAGGUGUCGACCUUUUUGUCGAUGCCGGCGCCCGAGAGGCCACCCAGAGAGACGCUUUGGGUGUUUAAUCUCGGCUUUUGGGACGUCUGGUCCCUGGCCGCCCUGCCUCGCGAGGAUUCCUUCAUCUAUGUCGACAGGCUUGUCCAACAAGUAUUCGUCAACGUAGAACGCCUCUAUCAGGCUUCUCUAGAUGGAAAGUCGAUCGCGCACUCGGACUACUAUGGCCGGACGACUCCCGUACCUCAUCUCGAUCCGAACUCGACCUAUCGAAGCACCGGCGACCCCACCAUCGAACCCUUUCGAAUCGUCAUCCCGCAGAUUUUCGACCCAUCGCUCACUCCCGCCUGGGCGCGGGCGCGUCCGGCUGCGAUCAAGCCGCACUCAAAGGUAGAACAGCAGCGGAAUGCUGUUAGUCUGACCGAGAGAUGGAACCAAGGCAUGGCCAACGCCUUGGAAAGCUGGGUCAAGACAGAAGCGCAGAACGAGAAGGACGAGCACGGUCACAAUGGCGUUAUGAGUUCCAAGCCGCCCCCGAACCUGACCUUUGGACGACGCGACGUCGCUGAAGGGAACAAGAAAGAAGAGGAGCCUCAACCCGCUUUGCCACCUCCUGUGCGAGAUGCCGUUUUGUAUGACAUGCCCCACUACAUUAUCCCAUUGAUCAUCGAGCGCCAGUUUCGGGAUCUGGGAUUAGAAGAUGCGACUGGAGUCGGGGCGAACGAGACGGCCGCCGAGUUCGUCGAGGUCCUCGCGCCGUGUGUUGAGGUGGCCUACAACAACACCAGCACCGAGCCCAGUCUUGCUGUCAGUGUCAAGGAAAUAGACAACCCGAACACGGGUGCACCUGGUGACGAUGUUGCCGACGACGAGCAACAGCAGUCCAAGAGGACGCACGAUGUCAGGGCUACCCUGGAGAGCAUGUCGUUUCAUCCGACGACUGGCCGACUCGGAAGGAGGGACGGCGCUGCUUGCGGCGACCCGGAGAAUUACCUCUUCCACGACGCCUUCACCCUAUCCCAGCGCGCGAUCGAGAAUAUCGCUCAGCAGUCGGCGGACAUGGUCCGGUGGAACAUCUCCAUACGGGCGUUCUGGAGCAGCAUCGGCAAGCCGGCCCACCACAGACGGGCGGCAGGGCCAUGGGUCGGCUGA